CCCAAUUYGAUUAAUUACAAAACAAGCAUGUUAGAAGCAAAAUGGAGGGCGCUAAAUCGAUUUUAAAGCUUUUCUUGUUUAUCUACAUGACGGAUUAUGUUAAAUCAGCUCAUAUCUUGGGAUUCCCAAACAUUGGAAAGAGCCACGGGUUUGUUUUUAUGAAAAUUGGUGGUGAACUUGUCAAGAGAGGGCAUCGUUUUUCUCUUGUUAUUCCUUCUGCACUAGAGAACGAUUUGAAGCCCAAAGAAUUUACAAAAGGACUCGAAGUUGUGUCYUUUGAUUCUAACUUUACACAAGAGGUUCUGGAAAGCCUGAUGAUGAAACUGAGCCGAGGUGAGAUGGACAUGGAAGAGAACAUGGAACUUUGGAUGGGCGAGUGCGAGGACUCACUAAAAAGCAACAUUUACACCAAAAAGCUCCAAGAUGCCAACUUUAUAUUGUGUGACAUUGGAUUGAUAUGUUGCCCCCUYAUUGCUGAUCAACUUGGCAUCCAACGUGUGGACAUYUCACCAACUGGUUUUAACGACCCAUUUUUAAGYAUUAUCCAUAACUUCCCAGCAUCCUUAGCYCACAUUCCACAAAUGCCUUACUUACUUAUACCCACCACACAGUCGUUUUUUGGUAGAGUUCAGAACUUUAUACUUUAUGGCUUGGGGUAUAUGAUGUAUUACCUUUACCUGGAUACAGCUUACACAACACUAUGGAAAAAAUAYKCGCCCAACUCAAAAUUUGCAAACUUAGAGGAGUUAUUUCGCUCAACUGGUUUGCUACUUGUUCCAACAGACUUUGCACUAACCAGGCCUCGUACACUUGCAGCGCAUAUGAAGAUUAUAGGUCCAAUACUUCCUGAGCCACCCAAACCAUUGCCAUCCAGUUUCCAGGAAGUUAUAUCAUCUGGACCAUUUCAAGAUGUGGUAAUAGUAUCAUUUGGCACUGUUAUUUCCAACUUUGGAGAAGACUUUGUGGAAACGCUUGCAUCAGCUUUGAGUGAGAUUCCAGCCACUGUGAUAUGGAAGCACAAGGGAAAAAUGCCAGUCAAAGUUGGACAUAAUGUCAAGAUUGUUCCAUGGUUUCCCCAAAAUGAUUUGCUGGGGCAUUCUGCUAUUAAG